GGGGACACGCGGAGGACGUGGCCGCACCAUCGCAAGUCUCUCUUCUGCAGACUGUGGAGAAGAGGCGCGCUGGGCAUGAUGGCGUCGGCGCGGGCGCUGGUGGUGCGCGGCUCGCUGUUCCUCAACGCCGUCCUCGUGCUGUACCUGUGCCUGUCGUGGCUCUCCACCACGCCCACCACGCGCCUCGUGCCCUCCUCCUCCGCCCUCAGGGGCGUGAGCUCGGCGCCGCCUCUGCCCGCCCUGCCCAUGCCGGGCGCGGCGGAGGGCGCGGAUGAGGGCGUCGCGGCACCGCCGCAACUCGCCGCGGGGAGCCCCGCUGCGCCCCCGCUCGCGCAGCAGGGUUCGGCGCCCCUCCACCUACCGCCCUUGUCGCCCGAGCUGCUGCCCGAGGGCGCCGCCGCUCCCGCCGAGCUCCACGACAUGUCCCUCGGGGGGCGGAGGACCCUGCGCGUGGCCGACGAGCCGCACCCGGACGGCGGCGCGGCCCCGGGGGCGUCGUCGCCGUCUGCCGCAGCCGCAGGGGGCGAGCCGGAGGAGCCGCCUCGGGAGGUGCAGGAGAGCGCGGGCGUGACGGAGCAGCUGGUGGCGGAGCCGAUCGUGACGGAGCCGCCCGACCCGCCGCUGGACUCGCAGGAGCGCAAGAUGUACGGCGACCUGCGCGAGUGCUCGACGCGCUCGCUGCGCCCCUUCUACCAGCAGCGCGGCGACUACUGGGUGCUGGAGAACUACGUCCCCGCCGCCCUCGCCUUCCGCUGCGACGAGUCCAUCACUUACACCACCCACGGCGACUUCACCUUCCUCGACAACCUGGAGCCGCUCACCUCCAGGUGGCAGGGCCCAGUGAGCGUGGCGGUGUACGCCCCGGGGACGGACUUCAACGACACCGUCAACACCAUCCUGUACCUGCGCGACUGCUGGGCGGAAGGCAUCAAGAAAUACGUGACCUUUCACCUCUUUUUCCACGUCUCGCACACGCCCAAGAAGGUGCCGACGACGGAGGAGCUGCUGCGGCGCAAGACGGACUGCGCGCAGGAGCCUCCGCGCUGGACCAACGUGACCACGUACCGCCAGAAGAAGAAGCUGCUGUACCCCGUCAACGUGGCCAGGAACACGGCGAGGCAGGCCGUGCAGACGUACUUCGUGCUGCCCUCCGACGUCGAGCUCUAUCCGUCCGUCAAUUUCAUUCCAGAAUUCUUCAAGAUGCUGAAGAAGCCCGACGUCUCCAACAGCACCAACCCUCGCGUGUACGUCUUCUCCAUCUUCGAGGUGCGGGACAACGUGACGGCCCCCGAGACCAAGGGCGACCUGCAGCGCAUGCUCAAGAAGGGCGACGCCAUCCCCUUCCACAAGAACGUGUGCGCCAAGUGCCAUAACGUGCCUAUGUCGAAGGAGUGGAUCGCCGCGCCGCUACGGCCGGGGAUGUCGGUGUUCCACGUGGGCAAGCGCCAGCCGCCGUACCACAAGUGGGAGCCCAUCUACGUCGGCACCAACAAGGAGCCCCUGUACGACGAGCGCCUCUCCUGGGAGGGCAAGAGCGACAAGAUGACGCAGAUGUACAUUCUAUGUGUCCGCGACUACGAGUUCCACAUCAUGGACAACGCCUUCUUGGUCCACCGUCCAGGGAUCAAGAAGCUGCACAAGGACCCCUCCCGGGACCGCGUUGUGGCCAAGCAGAACACGGCCAUCCGCACGAAGAUCCUGCCGGAGUAUAAGACCAUGUUCGGGUAUCGGAAAAGCUGCGUUAUUUAAGGAAGGCGAUUUUUAGGCCAGGGUUGGGUGGUGAUGGGAUGGGGGGUAUUCUGGGAUGGGUGAGGGGGGCGAGGUAGGGUGGGACGGGCUUCGAUUUGGAGUUAGUGUUUCGUGAAGAGUUUUUGAUUUUCUUGAUGUUUUGUAGAUUUGUUUAAUCUCUUUUCUUUUUCUUUCGUUGUUUUGAUGUUUGGAUUUACUCCUUAUGAUAUAAGGAAAUAAGAGUGAUUUAGAUGUUAAGAUUUUUUGAGGUUAAAAUGCAAUGUUAUAUAAGUAUUGAUUUUCCACAUCUUGUUAUGCCAAGAGUAACAAUAUGGGGGAAUGUUUAUUAUUAUUUUUUAUUUGUCAGAGUGAUUAAUAGUAAAAAAUAUGAAUCAUGAUGAUUAUGAUGGAAAGUUUUAUAUGCAUCAAACUGACAGAAAUUAAAAGAACUGUUAUACUUUGUAUGAGUUAUAGCAUAAAUGGACUGUAUGAUUUCAUAGCUUAUAUUGUACAGUGGAAAAAGUUUAUAAUGACGUUAGACAUAUUGUUACCUUCGUGAUGCAGCAAUUUACGAUAAGGAAUAUUGGGCCUUAUGGUGACGGGGUUCUGUAUGUGUAUGUAUUCAUUCUCAGCGGCGUGUAUAGACCUCCGGAGGGGCAGGGGGCUCCUUUGAAAAUCAGGGCAGACGUAGGACUUAAAAGGCAAAUUUUUUCCUUGAUUUUUCUCCAUGAAGGAACCUUUUUCUUUUCCUGAUUUUGACCUAAAGGCUUUUUCGUGUGAAGAGGGAAAGUGGAGAGUUGUUUUUUGAUUUGUGGGUAAUUAAUUCUUGAGAAACUACAAGUUGAUUUUUUAGUGUAGUUAUGGUGAAGAAAUGAGUCUGAUAUGAAAUAUCAGUCCUCAUAUUGUGUAAGAAAUAUUUCGAAGUUUUAUAUCCAAUGAAAAAAUAUUUAAUACUAAAGGAAACCCAGUGCAUCAUUUUUGAUAGGAUUAAGAAGUGAAAAUCUUAUCAAUCAUUUAUCAACAUGAUUAAUCUGGGAUUGAUAACAAGAACAAAAACAUGAACAUAAACGUCAGGGAUUGGUUUAAGUUUCUCAUCCUAUGUGAUAUGUUAUAACCGCAGCUUCUUUUGGAAUUUGUUAAGAAAAUAGACAGGUUAAUAAGCAUGGUGGUAAGGGUAUAUAUAAUGGGGAUCGAUCUAUUAGCGAGUUAUUAGAGAAAGGAGUGUUCAAAAAUGAUAAUGAAGGUAUUCUGAUACAGGGGCUUAUAUAAGUACUCAUUACUAGGAGUGAAGCAGUGUGAGUGAAACAUGGAUUGAUGUAAAUAAAGAACUAUGAAUGUUGCAACAGAUUAGCAGAGGUUGAAAAGGGAAACAAAGGAACGAGGUUUUUGUUCUAAGAAUAAACUCGAGGUUAGACAAGCCUUUAGCUUUCCAAGUGUGGGAGUGUGUGCAUGUGUGUGUCAGUGUGUACAAGAGCCUAUGUGUAGACAUCUGUGUAUGCAUGUGUUUGUGUCUGCUUAUCUUUGUCUAUGUCUGUGCCUUAUGGUAGGAAUUCUUAAUCUACUGCAUAAGGGUCAUGUUGUAAGGGAAUCAAGCAGAUAGUGAUUGUUUGUAUAUAUUAUCCUGGUUUAUUGUUUGAUUAGUAAAUGCUGUGUUAAGAUAUUAGUUAUUUACACCUGCACACACAAACACAUGCAUGCCAACGCACCCAUACGCACACGUACACUCACACUCACUCACACACACACUCACACACAUUUAUAGUUAUAAACACAUCUAUAGUUGUACACUGAUAUACAUAUCUUUUAUUUGCUGUGUAUGGUGCCUUUGUGGUCACUGCAACCUAUGAAAUCUAUGUUACAUAUCACAAUAGGGGGAAGUCUGCGGAAAGUGUCUCCAUUGCAAGACAGAAAAGGGAGAUUUAUUUCCAUUUCAUAUCAUGCUGAACAUUCCUGUUAUAGAUGUUUGUAUUAGUUUUAUGGUAGUGUUUAUUUUAGUUUUAAAAGUGUGUUGUCCAGAUACAAGAGUUCCUGCCGAUGAAAUGGGGUGACUGGAUGUUUUGUAUUUUGCAAUAUACAAGAUAGGUAAUGGUCCUCCCCAACUUCACUUUCCUCUACAUGAGAGAGUGAUGUCCUGUCAUUUUUCUUCCAAAUAUUUUAUGUAAAUGAUAAUGUGGGAUGGGAUGGGAGGGGGACGAGUCAUCUAGAAAGAAAGAAAAUUUGUUUUUGAUAUGGAAUAUAAAGUCAGUAUUCUUUACAAGAUUUCUAAACUUCGAAACCCAUCUUGUGUAUUUCAGCUAUUUGAACCAGAUUUUAGGGAAGACUCAAUUAAUAUAAAUUGACUUGUGUAAUAGGAAAGACUCAAUUAAUAUAAAUUGACUUGUGUAAUAGAAUGAUGUAGUAGAGAAGUGUAUAUGAUUAUAGUUAAAGUAUUUCAUUAGUCAAAUACUUUCUGAAUACUGAAGAUGCCAAGUCCUCUAUGUGAGGAACUAUAAGCUUCACUUGUAAGUUUAGAGUCUUAUACAUCUAUUUUUUCAUUAAGUAGUAAUAAGAUGGAGUCUAUAGGCAGCAGUACAACCAUUUUCUAUUCAUACAGUUUUUGAGAUGAGUAACGCAUCUUCACUUACGGUUUGUCUUCAGUGACAUUCACGCCACUACUGGUAUUGGGGAGAGAGGAGUUAAUGAUAUGGAGGGCAGAAAAGAAAAAAUACUUAUUGUAGUUUUAUCAUUUUUCUUUUAUUAUCAUUAUCAUUUUUUAUAAUGGUAAUAUUUUAUUUCCACACAUUUGAGUGGUAAAAUCAAGUUUCAAGUUUCUUAUCUGCACUGUUGUCAUUUCUUCCCAAUAAGCUGUGCUAUAAAUUGUAAAUUUUACAUCUUUUCAGUCAUUAUAUUGACAAAAAUGUGUAUUUGGGAUAAGAGAUUCGGAUUACAGAUUGAAUAUUGGCCAUAUCAUUGCUGUUCUUGGUUUCACAAUUUUUACUUGGUUUGGCCCUUUGAUCUUAAUUCUUUUUUUCUGUCUGUCCUUUUUAUUUUUUCAAUCCUCUAAUUUCUUUUAAAGAAUUUGGUCGUUCUCAUUGAUUCUUCUCUUAUGUAUUUUUCCGUUUUCUUACUGUUUCUCUCUAUUUUCAUCUUUCCACCUUUUCCCCUCAAUUUACCUGUCUAUCCUUAAUUUUUCUCAUUUUUGCUUUUCACCUUAAUUGUCAUUUUACAGCUUUUUAGAAUAUUUUCCCAUAUUUUCCUCUGAUUAAUGUCAUGUUAACAUACAUUACGUUUUCUUCAUUCCCAUUUCGCUUCCCCCUCCUCUUGUUAGGUUUCUAAGAAAUAACUGAAAGACUUGAGUGUGAAUAAUGCCUCGGUCAAUUUAUGAAUUGUGCAUUUAUCAAGUAAUGGGGGUAAAUAAACAAUGGAAACAGGAUAAAGACAAGGAAUAAUGUUUUUCUGAUUUUUUUGAUUACUUUUGUUCUUGUGAUAAGGAGUUCUGGCUUGUAAUGUUUUAAAUUGAGUGAUUGGUUUGACGAGUUAUUCAGGGGAUCAAGUUUGCAUAUCCAAUAUUGACAUUUUCUGCAAUGAGUUUUGUAUUUAUUCUUACCAUAACUGUGAAAUAUGGUUCAUUACAACUUCUUAUGUAUAGUAUUUGCUCAACGAGUGACAUCUUGCAAUAGGUAAAAUAUAAAUGCUAUAUGGAGAAGAAAGGGAAAAAGUGGGCUGUUAAAAUAUUAAUAUUGCAUUUAUUUAAAAGCUUUCCAUCCAGCGUACUAAGUAUCCAGUGCACUAAGUAUCCAGUGCCUAUUUGUGUGUAUACGUAUGUUUAAAUUUAUAUACAUACAUGUAUUUGUUUCCUACACACUGUCAAUGCCUAGUGCCUUAGAGGAGCAUAUGGAAAACUUGUUAGUGUGGUUGCAUUUCUUACUAUAUAUAUAUACACAAUGUGAUAUAUUUUUGAGGGUGUUUUACUAUCGUGAAUUUGUCCAUAUAUUUGUGUGGGAAAUUUGGAAAGUAUGCUUUCUUUUUCUGAGAGGAGUCAUCAAGGAGUUUUUGCGUAAUGUGUGGUUUCAUUAGAAAUAGAGAUAGUGGGAAUACCAUAUUAAGAUAUUUUACUGCAUAACAAAAAUCCUGUCAGCCAAUUCAUUUAUAUUCUUAUGAAAAAGACUGGAAAAUCACUUACGUUUAUGUUUGAGAGAAAUUUGAGUACUUCGGAAAGUUUGAUUCUUUGUUAUAAACAAAGAUGCCGUUUUAACAAAGAGCAUUUUUUUCUUAUUUUUUCACGCCAUUUCCAUAUAUAUAUUUAUAGACUCUUUUUAGCGAGUCAUCAUCUGUCAUCUGUAUUUGAUUUUUUUCAAAUGUGAAAAUGUAUAUAUAUUUUUAUUUCAGUUUCUCUGAUGAUUUCCUAAUAAAAGUGUAUACACAAAA